AUGGCAGUAUCUCAUGUAAAAAUCCAUCCAGGCAUGGAAUCAAUCACCAACAUUAUGGUUUUGAUUUCCCAGGACAAAGAACAUGUUUUCAAACCAAAAUCAUUGGCCAAAAUGAGAAAAGAUAAGCCUUUGAGACUGAUAAAGUCUCAGUUUGUUCCUCUAUUGGCAUUUUUUAUUAUCCUCAUCACUUGCUGCAUCGUUUUGAUCAGCUCAACAAAGUCAUCAUCCUCAGAUGGGGCUUGUGGAACAACAAGCAUUGCUUCUCAAAACUCAAAGAACUUGGAAAGAAAUGAAUUGCUCCAUGUACUGAGGAGAAUAUCCAUGGAAGAUAGAACAGUCAUACUAACCGGUAUUGUUGAUGAAGCCUGGACAAGUCCCGGCUCUGUCCUCGACCUCUUUCUGGAAAGCUUUCGACUAGGACAAGGGACCCAAAUGCUCUUGAAUCACCUGUUGAUCGUCACUGUUGGAAACGAAACAUUGCAACAUUGCAACUCCUUACAUCCACAUUGCUUGGAGCUCACCCCACUUGGUUCCAUCAACAAUUUACUGCUGGAAGUGCUCAAACUAGGUUACAGUUUCUUUUUCACAGAAGUAGAUGUCAUGUGGUUUAGGACUCCAGUUUUAAACAUAAACCCAAUGAAAGAAAUCACAAUCCCAUGUGAUAUAGCCUCUUAUGAAUCUGAAAGUGAAAGCAACAGACCGGGCAGAGGACUAUUCUAUGUUAAAUCAACUGAACGAGCGAUCGAGCUAUUCAGAUACUGGAAGGUUUUGGGGAUUCUAUACCAAACUUUUCAUGUGGAAUCUCUAUGUGAAAAUUUGAAAGAGCACCAGGAGUACAUUGAAAUGCUUGGUGUCCACAUACAUUACCUGGACACAGCCUAUUUUGGUGGUUUUUGCAGGGGAGGAAGCAAGGACAUGAACAUGGUUUAUACCAUGCAUGCAAAUUGCUGUCAAGAUGUGGAGAACAAGGUCUAUGAUCUCAGGCUUGUUCUUGAUGGUUGGAGAAACUUCACUGCACAACCAUCUAAUUUCAGGUCAGGGAUGGUACCCUCUUGGAGAGCACCAACCAAAUGCAUAGCAUAAGAGUUUG